CACUGUCCCGUGAUAAAAGAUCCUGGCGCUAUGAUGGAGAGGAUUAACUGGUUUUAUCUGGGAUUAAAGACGACCCCCGUCUAUGUUUCCUAAUGGCUGUGGUGGGUUAUAUUCAAAGCUUAAGACCUUCUAAAAGCUCUCUCCAUCCGUCGCUUCAGUCGAGAGAGAAGCUCGCUCACAAGUUUGUGCACAAGUACGUUACUCGACCGCUGCAUGACAGAAAUGUUCAUUCUCGUUUUGAAGAAGUAUGCACUGAUAUUUGCAUUUUAAUAAGAAGAAAAUCCAGAUGAAGAUUGUAGAAUUGGACAUGACGUAUGUGGCGGACAAAAUGGAGCGAGUGUCAGUCGAGCAGGACGAGAGGUUUUCUCUGGUUAGUGAAGCUCAGCGUGGAAGAAUAGAUGAAGAACAGCGCGGUUUCUCGGAUCCAACAACAGACCAACAAACUCACAGCUACAGCUCAGAUCCAGAUGCUUUUUUCCAGUUCCUGGUCAAGAGUCAAAGUCAGCGAUUAGACGACCAGCGGGUGGCACUGAGCUCAUUGCCAGGGAUGGAGGCGUUCACCAUCAAAGAUCCGAAAGAUGGAAGUGUACUGAAGACAAACUUUGAUCAGAUUUGCAGCCUGGUCAGCAAAGCUAAUAGUUUCAAGAAACACGACCCUCCAAAAAUGAGCCUGACCCCCGGGGCCCAGGACUCUAUGAGAAGAUCAAGCUACAAUCCUCCAACUGCUGCUGAUACAGACACCUACAACACUCUCACAACCAGAUCAGCCUCAUACAACCCUAUAUCAGACAAGGACAGAAUGGACUAUGAAAGUUUUCAACGUGAUCAGGAUCAGCUGUUGUGUCUAGUUAGUCAAGCACAAAGUAGACGUAUGGAUGAACAACGCUGUUCAAUUAACCCUUUAUCACCUGGACGUAUGGAGAACAGCCAGUCAGGUAAGUGUGUCAUGUGUAAUGACUUAUCAAAGAACAAACCAGUCAGUGCAGUUUCUGUUCCUCUACACCCAGAUCAAGAUGUCGAGAAGUUUUUUAAACUCAUUGCUAGCACUCAAAGCCGGCGGUUCGAUGACCAGCGGGCGACGCUAAACCAGCUGCCAGAGAUCACAUCGCCUCGUGGGAUGACUGCUGCGGAUUCAGAUCACCUCUUCAGCAUGGUCUCCAGAAUUCAGGGCUCUCGGAUAGAUGAUCAGCGAUGCUAUGCUCCCAAUAUCCAGCUGGGGUCUCCUGCCCCCCCUAAGAAGUCUCAAUCUCAACCCAUAUCCCUGUCUGGAUCAGGCUCACCCUCUAAAUCAGCCCAGAGAUCGGAAACAUUCAGCCCUGCCUCCGAGGUACAAAAUUGCAUUGAUCAGGACCAGCUUUUUUCCCUGGUGCAUCAUGCACAGCAACGGCGAAUGGAUGACCAGCGGUGCUCAUUUGAACCCUUUAAAAAGCCGUCCUCCUUGCCAAACACUAGUCAAACAGUGGAAGAUCCUGAGCAGUUUUUCAGACUGGUGGCCAACUGUCAGAGCAGACGACUGGAUGACCAGCGCGUGACACUUAGCUCAUUGCCAGGCAUCCAGAACUGCAGCCCUGGAACCAAGAGAGAGAACAAUAAAACAUUAGCCCCUAAAAUUACCCUGACCCCUGCAUCACCUGCUGCGCCAAAAAAAGUUUGUUCCAGACCUUCCUCUCCCACUUUGAGCAUCAGUGAACCAGAAACACCUGUCGGGCCUCCCCCAAGAUCGGCCUCAUAUCCCCCCGAGAGAUUACUGCAUGAUGAUCUGUCUGUGCAGAUGUCAUUUCAGAUUUCCAUGUGCUUCCCUCCACAUCAGACGCAUGGACCAGAUAACCAGCCAUGUCCAUACCCUGAAAUCUUCCUCACAGUCGGACAACAGGGAGAGGCUAUAGUAAUUCCUCUCAGCCCUACGCCUGGCAGACCGCUUUCUCUCAAUGUGAACCCACCCGGACAGCAUUGCUCCAGGUCUGCGUCUCCUCACAGGUCUCCUGCCAGGCAGGGACACUCGAGACCCUCUUCUCCUCACCCAGGAAACACGGCUAGUCUAAUGGGCCCCUAUGAGGACUACAUCUCUCUGAACCAAAGAGUCUACACCACUCAGAAUAAUGUACGGGACAGAGCAGAGCUGAACAAGGAGGCUAAGAAAGGAAAAGGGAAGAGUGGUGGAAAGAAAGAGAAAAAAGAGGGAAGUAAAGAGAAGAGAAGAUAGGACACUACAUGUGUUUAUUUAUUCUUGUUUCACAUCACCUGGAUGAAUGUCAGUAUUACAAAUAAGCUAAACUUGUUGGUUUUUAGAAAAAGGUUGUUUGCAUCU